AUGCCCCCCUGCGCCCCCGCCCUGGGCUGGGGGGUGGCCCUGGGGGUGGCCGUGGGCGCCGUGGGGUGGGCGCUGCUGGUGGCCUCCCUGCCCCACGGCGCCUGGGGGGUGGCGGGGGGCCAGGCCACCGCGGUGGCCGCUGUCACCGUCACCCGCGGGCUCUGGAGCGACUGCGCCACCGAUGCCACCGGGGUGACGUCCUGCGUGCCCCUCGUGUCCCUGCUCACCCUGCCCGGUCUGGGGGCGCUGGGGGCGGCCGCUUGGUUUGGGGCCGCAGUCAGCCAGGAGUUCUUCGACCCCCAGCACGCGGGCGUCAGGUACGAGCCGGGCCCGGGGCUGUUCCUGGCCGCGGGGGGGGCGGUGCUGGCCGGGGCGGGGGGGGCCGUGCUCGUCGCCUCGUCGCGAGGACCCCCCCGGCACAGGACCCCCAGCCACCCCCUCGGGGGCCCCCCCCGGCCCCGGGGCGCCUCUGCCGCCAGCCUGGGGGACAAAUACGGGCGCAACGCCUAUGUGUGA